CACUGCAACAUCCCGAAGCUAGACAGCAUGGGUAUAUGGUGCGACGACAUGGACAAGACCUGGUUAGAGGAGAUGGUCUACCAAGUCGUUAUCCUUGGAAAGAAGGCACGCAGCGGGUUCAAGAAAGAGGCCUGGUCCGCUGUCUUGGCCAAGCUCAACGCCAAGCACGACCUCACGUUGAGCAUGACACAAUUGAAGUCACGCCAUGACACCAUCAAGACAAUGUUCUCCGUCGUUUCAAAGCUCGUGAAUUCGAGUGGUAUGGGCUGGGAAGCCGCAACCUGUCGCGUGGUAUGCCAAUAUACGACGUGGGACGUCAUUCUCGAAGGCAAGCCGAAAGCGUGA